CUGGUUAAGCUGGACUCCAGAACCUUCAAAGCACGAACCAUGGCGCCCUCAAGGACAGACUUCCCCCCCAUCCGAGCCUGUCUCUUCGACAUGGACGGGCUCCUCAUCGACUCCGAAGACAAAUACACGCUCUGCACGAACGCGAUCCUCGCGCGCUACAACCGGCCGCCUCUUCCCUGGUCCAUCAAAGCGCAGAUGCAAGGCCGGCCCGGCAGCAGCGCCGGCGCCAUCUUCCACCAGUGGGCGCAGCUGCCCAUCUCGCGGGAGCAGUACCUCGUCGAGCAGGCCGAGAUCCAGCGCGAGCUCUUCCCCAGCACGAAACCGCUGCCGGGCGUCGAGAAGCUGCUCGCGGAUCUGCAGGCCGCGCGCACCCCCGCCGGCGCCAAGGUCCACGUCGCGCUGGCGACCAGUAGCCACGAGGCCAAUUUCAAGCUGAAGACGACCCAUCUGGAGAGCUUGUUUGCGGUUUUUGAACCCCACAGGAGGGUGCUGGGGGACGAUGCCAGGAUAGCGCACGGCAGGGGCAAGCCGGCGCCUGAUAUCUAUCUGUUGGCUUUGCAGACGAUUAAUGCGAGUCUGGCCGAGGGCGAGAAGGAGAUCACUCCCGAGGAAUGUCUGGUGUUUGAGGAUAGUGUGCCGGGCGUGGAGGCGGGGCGGAGAGCGGGCAUGAGAGUUAUCUGGGUGCCCCAUCCGGAGCUUCUCGUCGAGUAUACGGGGAGGGAGAAGGAGGUUCUUGCUGGCAGGACCGGAGAGGGUGGUCAAGUUGACCUGCAUCAGUUGGGCGAGAUAGACGAUGGAUGGGCAGAGAGACUGCCAACUUUAGAGAGAUUCCCAUAUGAGAAGUACGGCAUGGUCGUAUAGAAGAUGCAGGAGGGAGGACCGGCACAUCAUGAAACGAGCAUAACGAACCUCUAUGUAAGUAUCGCAUCAUACCCAAUACAAAUCACUGCGUAGACCUUUCAUCAAAGAG